AUGCUUGUUCGACACAGACUUUCUCGUAAUGCCAUUGUGAAUGGUCUAUGGAUUGGUGAUGUACCUUCUGUACUUACUGAGUUGACGUUUGUUGAGCAGAUGUCGGUGGCUCGAAUACGUCAUAACUCGUUCAUCAUCAAGGUUACUAUGGGACAGCAUAAGAUGAUGGCGAAUGCGAUUGUGUUUUCACAGCCCAUCAAAAAGGUGUACGACAUUCUUUCUCCUCCUGUUUCAGAUUUGGAACAGGUCCUCACAAUUUUAUUCACCGGGCCUACUCAUCCGGUAGAGUCAGAUUUUCGUCGGACUCCUUUGCUGGUGAGACAUGCUGUUGUUUUUGCAGCUGGCUGA